CACAGUGCCGCUUCCCCCUGCCAAGCGACACGCGAGCCAAGUGCCAUGCUGCGAGGUGGCGGCCGCACGAGAGCUUUUUACAGCUUGAAAUACUACAUGAGGUCGCGUCCAACGUGUCCGGCUUUGCGUGAGGUGAGCGGCGCCUCUGACGUCGGUCGGUGUCCUGUUACGCGACACGGAGGCCAAAGAAAAGAGAGAGCGACGCUGAGCCCAAGGGAGGGAGGGCGGCUGGGAGUUGCCACCUGAGGGCUUGGAAGCGCUUGAAGGGCGCGCAGAGGGAGGACGACUUCGUUGCAAAAAAAGUCACCACUGCAUUUCUCCUUCACAGUCAAGCCAAGUAACGUUCAGUUGCACGUCCGACAGUGAUCGAGCGCAAUGGCCGAGGCCCAUCAGGCGGUGGGCUUCCGGUUCAGCGUCCAUCCGGACGGCGUUGACCUCAAACUGAGCCAGGAGGCCAUCACCAACAUUUACCAGGCGGGACUGACGGCGUGGAAAAAGAGGGCCGUACAAUUCAAGAAUGGCGUCUUGGCCGGCGUGUACCCGGCCAGCCCGUCCAGCUGGCUGAUCGUGGUGAUCGUGACGAUGAGCGGCUUGUACACGGGCGUGGACCUCUCGCUCGGGGUCGUGCCCGCCAUCCGGGAAAUCUUGCCGCUCAGGAGCUCGCUGUCGGCGCAGACGCGCGCGGUGCUGAGCGCGCUGAUUUCGGCCAGCGCGCUCUGGCUCUUCCUCAUCUACCUGCUGAGGUACACGCUCAAAGCGCUGCUGUCCUACCACGGCUGGAUCUUCGAAUCCCACGGGAAGAUGAGCGCCUCCACCAAAGUCUGGCUGAACCUGGUGAAGAUGUUUUCAGGGCGCCGACCGCUUCUUUACAGCUUCCAGGCGUCCUUACCCAGGCUGCCCGUGCCCAGGGUGGAAGACACCAUCCGCAGGUACCUGGAGUCGGUCCGUCCUCUGCUCGACGAUGACCGAUACGAGCAAAUGGAAAUCUUAGCCAACGACUUCCGAGAGUCAGAAGCCACCCAGCUGCAGAGAUACUUGAUCCUCAAGUCCUGGUGGGCCAACAAUUACGUGAGUGAUUGGUGGGAGGAGUACAUUUACCUGAGAGGCAGGGGCCCAAUUAUGGUCAACAGUAACUUCUACAUUAUGGACCUGCUGUACGUGACGCCGACACACCGCCAGGCAGCGCGGGCGGGCAACGUGGUGCACGCCAUGCUGCAGUACAGGCGCAAACUGGAACGUGGCGAACACGCGCCGCUGAGGGCUUUGGGGACAGUUCCCAUGUGCUCUACUCAGAUGGAGAGGAUGUUCAACACCACCCGCAUCCCCGGCAUCGAAACAGAUGUGGUGCAGCACCUGAGUGACAGGAAACACGUGGUGGUGUACCACAAGGGUCGCUUCUUCCGGGUGUGGCUGUACACGGGCGGACGCCACCUCUUCCCCAGCGAACUGGAGACCCAGUUCGGCAGGAUCCUCGAGGACACGUCGGCGCCGCAGCCCGGCGAGCUCAAAUUGGCGGCGCUGACCGCGGGAAACCGAGUUCCGUGGGCUCAGGCUCGGAUGAAAUACUUCAGCCAAGGAGUCAACAAAGCGUCGCUGGACGCGGUGGAGUCGGCCGCCUUCUUCCUGGCGCUGGACGACGAGCCUCAGGGUUACGACGCGACCAGGGGCGACUCCCUGGACCGCUACGCGAAGUCGCUGCUGCACGGGAAGUGCUACGACAGGUGGUUUGACAAAUCUUUCACCCUCGUAUCCUUCCCAAAUGGCAAAAUGGGAAUAAACGCUGAGCAUUCCUGGGCCGAUGCCCCCAUCGUGGGACACAUGUGGGAGUACGUCCUUGCCACCGACUGCUUCCAUCUGGGCUACACGGAAGAGGGCCACUGCAAAGGCGAUGUCAACAAGGGCCUCCCUCAUCCUUCACGACUCCACUGGGAAAUUCCCAAGGAGUGCCAAAAAGCGAUCGAGCUAUCCUACCUGUCCGCGUUAAAGAUCGCGGACGACGUGGACUUCCACGGCCACCUGUUUCGCGCCUUCGGCAAAGGCCUGAUCAAAAAGUGCAGGACCAGCCCGGAUGCGUUCAUCCAGCUGGCUCUGCAGCUGGCCCAGUUCAGGGACCAGCGAGAGUUCUGCCUGACGUACGAGUCGUCCAUGACGCGGAUGUUCAGGGACGGCCGCACGGAGACGGUGCGUUCGUGCACCUCCGAGGCCGUCGCCUUCGUCAGAUCCAUGGAAGACCGGCAAGCCACGAACACGCAGAGGCUGGCGCUGUUUCGCAAAGCGGCCGACAAGCAUCAGAACAUGUACCGUCUGGCCAUGACGGGUGCCGGCAUCGACCGACACCUCUUCUGCCUCUACAUCGUGUCCAAGUACCUGGGCGUGGACUCGCCGUUCCUAAAGCAGGUUCUGUCCGAGCCGUGGAAGUUGUCCACCAGUCAGACUCCGCAGCAGCAGCUCAACUUGGUGGACGUCAAUAAGUUCCCCGAAUACGUCGGGGCCGGAGGGGGAUUCGGCCCCGUGGCAGACGACGGUUACGGCGUCUCUUACAUCAUCGUCGGGGAAAACCUCAUCACAUUCCACAUCUCCUGCAAGUUCUCCAGCCCGGACACGGACUCCUCCAGAUUCGGCCAGCACAUCGACAAGGCCAUGAUGGACAUCCAAACGCUUUUCCAGGCCGCGGACGACAGGAGGACGACGGCGGGCUCGCCGACGCCGCUCAACAACGGCAAGAAGCACAUGUAGCACGCCGGCGUGUGUGUAAGGUGUUUUGCACGCGUACGAUGAUGUCAUCAUUCCACGCGGUGACCCUGUAAGUUAUUGCUCUGUGUAUUGUGCUUCUGUCAAAUAGGAACCUUGUAAAUAAAUCACCCACUCGUGUUUGA